AAUGGAGAACUGCAUACCAGAAUUCAACAUGAAAACGGUGCUAUUUUUUAUAAUGUAUCUUAAUAUAGGAAUAUCGAACUCUCUGCACUCAAGUGAGCGCCACUCGUCAUCCUCUUCAUCGUCCUCGUCAUCCGCCUCAGCAGAGCACCAGCACAACUCACCUUCGUCGUCCGAUGCGGGGGCGGAUGUGGCCGAAAACGAGAUUUAUGACUCGGACGAAAGCAACCUGCUCCGGACGCCGCUGGAUCGAGGGCCCUACUUUGAUUUAUCGGCAUCGAAGAACAUCACGGCCCUGGUCGGAAAGACGGCUUACUUAAACUGCCGGGUGAAAAACCUGGGCAACAAAACGGUUUCCUGGGUGAGGCAUCGGGACAUUCAUCUCUUAACCGUAGGUAGAUUUACGUACACAUCGGAUCAGCGCUUCCAGGCCGUCCAUAAUGCUCAAACGGAUGAUUGGUCGCUGCAGAUUCGUUAUCCUCAAAAAAGGGAUACUGGGGUUUAUGAGUGCCAAAUAUCAACAACUCCUCCAGUGGGCCACUCCAUGUAUUUAUCAGUAGUAGAGCCGGUCACCAACAUCAUCGGGGCACCGGACAUUUUCAUCAACACCGGAUCCACGGUAAACCUGACGUGUGUGGUGCGAAACUCCCCGGAGCCACCGUCUACGAUAAUCUGGACCCACAACAAUCAGGAAAUUAACUACGAUUCCCCCCGGGGCGGCGUGUCGGUGAUAACUGAGAAGGGCGAAACGACCACCUCUUACCUGCUGAUUCAGAGGGCGCGGGGGGCGGAUUCCGGCAAAUACGUCUGCUCGCCUUCCAACGCCAACACGUACUUUGUGAACGUGCACAUCCUGAAUGGCGAACACCCGGAAGCGAUGCAACAUGGCGGCCAACUCCGGAUAGGUGAUCCGUUGCACGUGUUUGUCUUUGUCAUCAUCACUCUGUUCCUGGGCGGUCGAUGAAGCUGGAUGGGGUGGAUGGCUGUAGCAGUUUACGAUUGGUUUUUUUUUUCUGAAUUAUGUUUUCCUAGUAUUAGUAGUAGGUAUUGGAAAGUGAUAGGGAAGACUAGCUACGACAUGUCUCCGACGAUACCGGAAUCGAUUCACACCGGUACAACAGAGAGACAGAGAGUCCGGACCCCGACUGAUUACCCUCGAACGAGAUGCGCCACCCAGGAAACAGAAGCAGCAACAUCACUGGAUUGAACUACAAUAAGGAGGACAAUGACGGAGAACGAUGGCAGACCGGCAUUCGAUGAUGGGGACACUUUCGCAAUAACGAGAACACCGGGAAAGGUGAAACAGAGAGAAGUAGUUGUUGGGAAAUCGUGAUCCUGGAUGGAAAUUGCAUUAACAGCAAUGCACUCCUGUGUAGCUUAUCCUGGUCCCGGCUUCCCGGAACGGAAAGGAUGAUUAUGUUUAUCGCAAAUCAGCCAUUCAAGCGGGGAGGAGCAUUUGAGGGAACUGAAGGGGUUCGAUGGCAGUAAUGAAAUGGUCGCACGCUCGCUCGCCUGUGUUCUAGAUUAAUCGCUGGUAGAAAUGAUGAUGAGACGAGACGGGACGGGAAGCUAUUUUGAUUAUGUUUAAUUUAGUCUCUGGUAUUAUCGGAAACGAUUUGGAGCCGGCGUUAUCCAGGGAGAUGAAUCGAAUAAGCACGACAUGUUAUAUCAUUUGAUUGGACGGAUGUGAUAAAUUUGCAUGCCGGUAAAAAGCUUGCUUUAGAAAUUCUUGGAAUUUAAACUUUCAAUUUCGAAUAACUUUUUCCG